AUGUCCUCGUUGUUUGUGCCUGAGGAUGAAGAAUAUGACGACAAGCUGGAGUCUCUUUUUGUUCCUGACGUUGAUGAUGGCAACAAUGUCAACGCCGCUGAUAUUGUUGCUGCUAGAGAAGCUGCAACUAAUGACAAUGAGAAUUCUGAACCCACAGAUAACGGAAACAAAAGACUGGAAGAGGAAUAUGUGGAGCCGGAAAAUCAGCCAGAGAUAUCAAUUGAACGAACAAAGGCGUUGUAUGAACGGACUAUGAGAGAGGCAGAGGAAGGAUCCAUUCCCGUGGUGAGAGAGGAGAAGGAAGAGAACUUGGCGAUAUACGAGUCCAGAGAGGUCUGUUGCAUGUUACCGUUGCGUUUUUAUCAGGAAAUCGUAGAGACGAUGUUGUCGAAAGACGGGCUCCUAAUAUUAGGUAGGGGCCUCGGCUGCGAAAUCGUUACUGCCAACUUGCUCUUUGCGCUAAGUCUGCCGUCGGUGACGUUGGAGACUGGCAAAACAGUCACGAAAAAAAGGUCAUUGGUGAUUUUAUUGGGUGCUGGUGAGGAAGAGAUUGUUAAAUUGAACGACCUUUUAGUGGAACUACGUUGGAUGAACGCAGUGGCUGGGAACGAAACGAAUACAGAAAGUGAGUGGGAACCGGCAUUGCGUGCUGUCAGGGGCUCUGAUUUGGCCAACACAACGAAAAGAAGAGAAAUGUACAUGAAGGGCGGUGUGCUUAGCAUCAGUCUGCGAAUCUUAGUGGUGGACAUUUUGUCUGGAGUGUUGAAGCCUCAGGAUAUUACGGGCAUUUAUUUGCUUCAUGCUGAAAAGGUCAGAGAAACCCUGAACGAUUCGUUUAUUGUCAAUUUGUAUCGAGAUCAGAACGACUGGGGCUUUGUUAAAGCUGUCUCAGACGAGCCGGAGUCGUUCACUGGCUUCACUCCCUUGGCAAGCAAGUUGAAAUAUCUUCGACUUACCAAUGUCUUUCUAUGGCCACGUUUCCACGUGGAAGUGUCAUCUCUGUUGAUGCUAAGGUCACAUAGCCUGCAAGAGAAAAGAGGAACCGUCACGGAAGUCAAUGUAAAGCUUUCAGCGAAAAUGGCAAAGAUACAAAGUGCUAUUCUCUCAUGUCUUACAGCUUGUCUUCAGGAACUCAAAAGGCACAAUCCUACUCUCGACACCGAUUAUUGGGAUGUGGAGAAUCUUCACGAUAGUGAUUUUGUUACUCGUGUUCGGCUUUCACUCGAGUCACAAUGGCAUAGAAUCUCGUGGACUUCCAAGCAGCUUGUUUACGACUUGGCUACUCUAAAGGAGCUUCUUCUGAGUCUUUUACGAGAUGAUUCGUUAACGUUCUACCAGCGUGUUCAGGGUAUCGUAGACACCAAUAUUCGCUCCUCUGGAGCUGGUACGAUGAAUGCCACAUCGAUGAGUCCUUGGCUCAUGAUGGACGAAGGUACCACAAUCACCUCAUAUGCAAAAGAGAGGGCCCUCGGUAGAGUCACUGUGGCAACUGGCAAUGUCGAAGAUGACAUCGAGAAAGCAAGCAAUGUUCAAGGCAAAGUUGAAGUCUACAAUCUCGAGGAACUUCCAAAAUGGGAGCAGCUUGUGAUUCUUGUGGAUGACAUAAUACAUGAAAGGUCGAUGUCUAAUACAAAAACAGAAGGGCCGAUACUUAUUAUGUGCUCCUCAGGUAGAACGGCACAGCAGUUGUCGUCCAUUUUGGCGAAGGCCAAAAAGAAGGUGCACGAGCAAACCGGGCGUAAAUGGUUUUCUUGCAAGAGCUACAUGGCAGGGAGAUUGCGUGAGUAUCUACAAUGGAAAGAGCUCAUAUCUUUAACCAAAAAACUCACAACCGAGCUAUCAAAAGACGAUGAGGACAGCAAGGAAAAUGCCUCCGAAUCUGGAGGCGAGCUCAAUACAAGUAAGACUUUUACAAGAGGCAACAAUGUUCCUCGAAGCAAGCGUCGCAGAACUAGAGGAGCAGCUGCUGUUGCGAAUGUGGCUCGUUUGUACUCUGGUAGUGAUUAUGAGAAGACGUCGGGCCCUGUCGACUUAGAGCAGGAUAUUGUUGAUCGUUUGGAGCAGGACAUCAAACAGGAAAUCGAUAGCAACGAUGAGCUCGAGGAAAGCGAGGUGAUGGAGGUCGACAGAGAGCACGAAGAAGCGGACGACAGGUUCAUGGCAAACCCGUUUGAAAACAUCCAGCCUCCACACGUAAGAAGAUUGGAAGUCGACUUGGAGCAUGUGGAGAAGUAUAAUCAGGUGAUCAUCGAAACGUACAACGAAACAACCAACGAGAUGUUACUACAAGAGCUAUGUCCUCUGUACAUCAUCAUGUAUGAGCCUGAUCUUGCUUUUAUCAGAAGAGUCGAGGUAUACCACGCCACUAAUACUGCUGUUGAGCCAAAAACCUACUUCAUGUAUUAUGGUACCUCGGUUGAAGAACAGACGCACUUGAUGAGAAUCAGGAAAGAAAAGCUGGCUUUUACUAGUCUCAUCAGAGAGAAAGCAAACUUGGGUAAGCGGUUCGCUACGGAACAAGAUAACUGGAAAUUUCAUCUCCGAAAAGCCCAGGUCGUGAACACAAGAAUAGCUGGUGGUGCAAAGUUCCGUACUGAGGAAGAUGAGAUGAGGGUGAUUGUCGACUCCCGUGAGUUUCGUUCGUCGUUACCGAAUCUUCUCUAUAGAGUUGGUAUCCAGGUGAUACCUUGUAUGCUUACCGUUGGUGAUUAUGUCAUCUCGCCCAAAAUUUGCAUCGAGAGGAAGUCCAUUCCGGAUUUGAUUGGGUCAUUCAAGAGCGGACGAUUGUAUCAGCAAUGUGAGCAAAUGUUUAGACAUUACGAUAUUCCCACUUUGCUUAUCGAGUUCGAUGAAAGCAAGUCAUUUUCAUUCGAGCCGUUUGCAGAAAUACGCCCGCCAGGACACAAAGCGACUAAUCCGAUUGCAAGUAAAAUUUCAAAGAAAGAGAUUCAGCUGAAAAUAACCGAGCUUCUCGUCUCUUUCCCGAAGCUAAAGGUGAUCUGGUCGUCUUCACCAUACGAAACAGCACAAAUCUUUCUAGAGCUCAAGGCCAGUCAGCAAGAACCUGAUGUGGAAGAAGCCUUGGCCAAAGGAGUGAACCCAGCGAUUUCCACCAGCGAGGGUCCACCUAUGUACAAUGAUGAUGCCAUUGACCUUUUACAAAGUAUUCCUGGUGUCACUAAUGUGAAUUAUACUACCAUUAUCCUGAGGAUCAAGAACAUGAAGGAUUUUGUCAAUCUCAGCAGACAAGAGCUAAAAGAUAUGUUGGGCGACGAGAACGGCAACAAAGCUUACAACUUUAUCAACCGGGUGGUGAGAUGA